UAGGAGAAUAUCUCCAGUUGUGCGUUCGAGUCUCUUUCUUUUACUGGAGUAUACGUACCGAGUAUCCACCAGUAUCUGAGCGAGACAUCUCUCCGUCCGUUUGCUCGAGCUCCUGGUGAACGCUCAUGGAGGGCGCCAUUUCCAGUCCCCCCAACACAAGGAUUGCUGUGGUCACUGGCGGGAACAAAGGGAUCGGGCUAGAGGUGUGCCGGCAGCUGGCCGGCGACGGCGUCACCGUCGUCUUAACAGCCAGGGACGAGGCAAGAGGCGCAGCGGCCGUCGAGAAGCUCAAAGAAGCGGGGCUUUCCGAUGUCAUUUUCCACCAGCUGGAGAUCACCGAUGCUCCGAGCAUCGCUCGGUUGGCUGAUUUCUUGAAGGCCCGUUUUGGGAAGCUAGACAUCCUGGUAAAUAAUGCCGCAGUUGGUGGGGUUGAGUACGUCCAAGAUCCCGUUGAUGGUUCAGUAACGAACGAGGAAAAGUUCAGUGGCAUGGAUGCGCGUCGGAGGCUUGAAUGGAUGUGGGAAAAUUGCCGGGAGACGUACGACACUGCAAAAGAAGGCCUCCAGACAAACUACUACGGCACAAAGCAUGUAACCGAAGCCUUACUGCCUCUGCUGCAAGCCUCCUCCGAUGGGAGAAUCGUUAAUGUCUCCUCCGGCUGGGGGCUGCUAAGGCUAUUCAACAACGAGGAGCUGAAGCAGGAGCUGAACGACAUCGAGAGCCUCACCGAGGAGAGGCUGGACGAGGUGCUGGGCAAUUUCCUGAAGGACUUCGAGGCCGGCACGAUGGAGUCCCGUGGGUGGCCGAUGGCGUUCUCGGCGUACAAGGUGGCCAAGGCGGCCAUGAACGCGUACUCGAGGAUCCUGGCGAGGAGGCACCCUGAGCUGCGCGUCAACUGUGCGCAUCCCGGCUACGUCAAGACCGACAUAACCAUAAACUCGGGGCUCCUGACGCCCGAGGAAGGCGCGAGCAACGUGACGAAGGUGGCGCUGCUGCCCGCCGGCGGACCGACCGGCGUGUACUUCGCAUUGGGCCAGGAGGCGCCGUUCGUGUGAUACUGGCCGGAUACGGCCCGUUGCCACUCGUCCCCUUGAUCGUCCGCUGUCCAGCUGCCUGUUACCUACGUGCAACUUAAUUAGCUCCAUCGUUUGAGAUUGCGAAUAAAGGGUUGCUGCUAAAUUUGGCA